UUAGAAGUCUGGGAUGCGAUCGAAAACUUGACGAUGGAAAUUUACUUUGAAGAAGAUGGAAUUUUGAUGAAUGCAAUCGACUUAGAUUCUUACCCCAUCGACAGGAACGUCACCUUCCUUCCUCGCUUGAAUCAAGGCGUGGUAAGCAUGUUUGCUGUGAAAUCCAACAAUGGUACCGUGAUCGACCAUGUGGUCAUCGACCAAUUCAACGCCUUCAAUGAAAGAAUACGGUUUCAGUUCCCUGUGGAAGGGUUGGUGAAUGUGACGGUGGCUGCCUUCAACGAGUUUCAGCAAUGGGUAUAUUCCACGGAACAAUAUGAGAUCCGCAUAGUGGGAAAAGUGCAGAAGAUGAAGAUCGACGACUAUGGCCUCAUCACCAAACCGGGGAGCGAGAAGAACUUGACGAUCAGCUUCGAAUCUCUCGGAGUGAACACAUGCCUUCUUGUCGAUUUCGGUGACGGUUCGAUCCCAUACACAUACGGGGAGGAGAAAACGUGCAACACCAGGAAGCCAAACUCAUACCAGAAUGGAAUCAAACUCACUAAUCCUCUUCUCGUCCGCCAUAUAUACGUGGAUGGGGACGUGUAUAAUGUAACGGCAGAGGCAUGGAACCGAUUAUCGCAGACGUCGGAGAAUCUGAUGAUUACUGUUGAUCCGAACUGCACUCAACUGGGCGUUGCCAUCGAGACUCAUGAGGAUUCGUAUCUCAUGUCCAUGCCUUUCACUAUCACUGGCAAUGUUCAAUUGAACUGCACCUCCGUUUCGACCACGCAAGCAUGGAAUAUCACGGAGGUGGACGAGUUGACCAGGAGUUAUAAGAAGACGGUGAACAUCGAAGACAAAUUGGUUGGCUGGAAUGCGUCUCUAAUCGUUGUCCCUGCCCUGUUCCUCCCCUACGGAUACUAUCGAUUUGAGUUCAUCGUUGACAUGAGUGGUAUGUACCGAGUGUCUUUAACCCUUCUCCGGGCAAGCUUCAUCGCUACAGGAUACCUGAAGGGAAUACUCAUAGCUGGGUACCAGGGUAAGGGUGGUGAAAAACUGAUGAAAAACAACGUGACAAUCGGAUACAAUUCCAAGUAA